AUGCUGCUGCCUGCAUUGGCUAGUGGUGUUCAGGCAACUCGCUCGCUAAGCCGCGAGGAUGGGAUCAGCGAGGAGCUUGAGCAGGCCUUGAGAAUAAGAGGCGCUGGUCUAAUACAGCGAGCUGGUGUUCUCUGUGCUGUUCCACAAGCAACUAUAUGCACAGCCCAGGUUAUCUUCCAACGCUUCUACUACGUCUCAUCUCUCUAUAACUUCUCCAUUGGUGACAUCGCAAUGGGCGCUUUAUACCUCUCAACGAAGCUUGAAGAAACUCCACUGGGUCUAAGAGACGUCAUCAAUGUCUUUCAUCGCCUCAUUUCCACAGACGCAGACGCAGAGUACUCGUCUAUGUCAUACUAUGGUCCUACAUACUACGAGUGGAAAGAUAGCAUCGUUGUGGCUGAGAUGCAGAUCUUAAAGCGACUCGGCUUCGAUGUGUAUGUGCAGCAACCAUACGCGCUACUGAUCAACUACAUAAAAAUGAUAGAUAUGUUAAACACCGCUAACAUCCCACAGCGAGCGUGGUCUUAUCUCAACGACAGCCUCCUCACACCGACACACGUCCUAUUCAGUUCAACAACUAUAGCCUGUGCAUGUUUAGAUCUAGCAUGCAGAGACGCGGGUGUACAGCUGCCAACUACAUCAGAUGGUAAAGUGCAAUGGUAUCAGCUGCUAGACUGCCCUCUUGAGGAGAUGGAGUGUGUCCAGCUGUGGUUACUUCGCACAUACACUGCUAUCGACAGCAAACUCUUCGCAGACACACGCAACUUAACUAACAAGUAUAAAUUAAGAGAUUAUGUACAUUAG